UGGUGACGGUGAAGCGCGCGCGCGAGCGGGAGAGAGAGAGAGAGAGAGAGAGAGAGAGAGAGAGAGUGUGCUGGUGAAUGAGUCCAUGAGCUCGCGGACGGUUUAACGGAAACCUUCGUUCUCUGGAUGUUUGAAAUCACCGACUUUCCAUCGCGGGACCGUCCGGCAGAGGAGCGCGCGAGCCUGUGUUUGUGAGAUGAUGAUCAAACUUCUGCACUAAGAUGUAGAAGAGGAGGAGGAAGAGAGACAGAAAGAGAAAGAACUUGAGUCUGAGCGACACACUGAGAAGAAGAAGAGGAGAGAGAGAGAGAGAGCGAGAGACCGCUGUUCAGACUCACCGCUCGUCCAUACGACACACCCACAGUUCCCUGUGACCUCUGACCUCAGCCGCACACCAUGUGUCACGUGAUCGUGACGUGUCGUUCGAUGCUGUGGACUCUGCUGAGCAUCGUGGCGGCGUUCAGUGAGCUCAUCGCCUUCAUGAGCACCGACUGGCUGGUGGGCUUCCCGCGGACACCGGACACCGUCUUCUCUCCGCAGGGGGCCACGGCGGCGGGUGAGGCGUACCGCCCCACACUGGGCAUCUACGGCCGCUGCAUCCGUCUGCCCCACCUGCGGCGCGGUGUCCUGUGCGGCCCGUACGCCGUGCACUUCUCUGAGAUCGCCAGCAGGUUCUGGCAGGCCACCUCCAUCUUCCUCGCCGCCGGGAUCCUGCUGCUGUGCGCCGUGGCCUUCAUCUCCGUCUUCACCAUGUGCUUCCAGAGCAUCAUGAAGAAAAGCAUCUUCAACGUGUGCGGACUCCUGCAGGCCAUCGCUGGUCUGUUCCUGAUCCUGGGGCUGAUGCUGUAUCCCGCCGGCUGGGGUUCAGAUAAAGUGCAGGGUUACUGUGGCCCUGACGCCUCGCCCUAUCAGCUGGGCCUGUGCUCCAUGGGCUGGGCCUUCUACACAGCACUGGGCGGCACCGUCCUCACCUUCAUCUGCGCCGUGUUCUCCGCGCAGGCCGAGAUCGCCACGUCCAGUGAUAAAGUGCAGGAGGAGAUCGAGGAGGGCAAGAGCUUGAUCUGUCUGCUGUGAGGACUGGAGCGCCUGUGGAUUUGACUUCCUGUUGACUUCCUGUG